GUGGUGGGCGCGCAGGGCCGCCUGCAGCCCGCAGCCUGCAGGGAGAGCGCAAGCCCGCAGCAGAGGCCGGGCCGGGCCGGGAGUCCAGACAGGUGAUCGGUAGUGCGGCGGCAGCGGCUCCAGCCUCGCUCUGGAGUCCCUCUCGGGGCCGAUGCCCGCAAAUAUGCAGAAUUACCGGCCAAGGCGCUCCUAACGCCAGCGCCGGGGAGCGAGCGCGGCGGCGGCCAGCACCGGGAACGCACCAAGGAAGAAGCCCAGCCCCCGCCCUCCGCCCCUUCCGUCCCCACCCCCUACCCGGCGGCCCAGGAGGCUCCCGGCGCGGCGGGCGCGGCGGGCGCGCACUCCCUGUUUCUCCUCCUCCUCGCUGGCGCUGCCUGCCUCUCUGCACUCACCGCUCGCGCCGGGCGCGCUCCGCCGGCUCCCUGCUCCCCGCGCCACCCUCCUCCGGCCGCGCUCCCUGAGGGAUGGUACUGAAUUUCGCCGCCACAGGAGCCCGGCUGGAGCGCCCGCCCCGCGGCCUCGCCUCCCCGCCGAGCCGCCUGCGCCUCGGGACGCGAUGAGGACCUGGGCUUGCUUGCUGCUCCUCGGCUGCGGAUACCUCGCCCAUGCCCUGGCCGAGGAAGCCGAGAUCCCCCGCGAGGUGAUCGAGAGGCUGGCGCACAGUCAGAUCCACAGCAUCCGGGACCUCCAGCGACUCCUGGAGAUAGACUCCGUAGGGGCUGAGGAUGCUUUGGAAACCAGCCUGAGAGCCCACGGGGCCCACGCCGCCAAGCAUGCGCCCGAGAAGCGGCCUGUGCCCAUUCGAAGGAAAAGAAGCAUCGAGGAAGCUGUCCCCGCGGUCUGCAAGACCAGGACGGUCAUUUAUGAGAUUCCGCGGAGCCAGGUCGACCCCACGUCCGCCAACUUCCUGAUCUGGCCCCCGUGCGUGGAGGUGAGACGCUGCACCGGCUGCUGCAACACCAGCAGCGUCAAGUGUCAGCCCUCGCGUAUCCACCACCGCAGCGUCAAGGUGGCCAAGGUGGAAUAUGUCAGGAAGAAGCCAAAAUUAAAAGAAGUCCAGGUGAGGUUAGAGGAACACUUGGAAUGCGCGUGUACGACCACCAGCCUGAAUCCGGAUUACCGGGAAGAGGACACAGGAAGGCGUAGGGAGUCAGGUAAAAAACGGAAAAGAAAAAGGUUAAAACCCACCUAACGCAGCCAACCAGACGUGAGGUGAGGCUACGCCGGCAGCCCUGCCCUGGGACAUGGAUGGACAUGGCGUGUUACAUUCCUGAACCUACUAUGUACGGUGCUUUAUUGCCAGUGUGCGGUCUUUGUUCUCCUCCGUGAAAAACUGUGUCCGGGAACACUCCGGAGAACAAAGAGACAGUGCACAUUUGUUCAAUGUGACAUCAAAGCAAGUAUUGUAGCACUCGGCGAAGCAGUAAGAAGCUUCCUUGUCAAAAAGAGAGAGAGAGAGAGAGAGAGAGAGAGAAAACAAAACCACAAAACAUGACAAAAACAAAACGGACUCACAAAGUCUCUACACAGUCCAACGCACGGAGGGUCGCCCCGCGGGACGGAAGCGCAGAGGUCUCCGCAGACUGGGUUUCUGUCCGGGCGGCCACAGGUGCUUUUUGCCGAGGACGCAGAGCCUACUUUGGGCGCGACUCCGGAGGGGCGCGGCGGGCUCUGCGGGGUGCGGGGAGCAGGAACGUCUCGGACGCCGCCACGCGAACCCUAGAAACCACACCUCCUGGCUGUAGUAUCUGAGUCUAUACAGAAACCUUCCUGAGAGCCUUAAGUGGAUUUUUUAUUUACACCAUAAAGUGAUUACUAAGCUUUCCUUUUUACUCUUUGCCUAGCUUUUUUUUUUUUUUUUUUUUUUUUUAAUUAUCUCUUGGAUGACAUUUACACCAAUAACACACAGGCUGCUGUAACUGUCGGGACAGCGCGACGGUAUUUUUCCUAGCAAGAUGCAAACUAAUGAGAUGUAUUAAAUAAACGUGGUAUACCUACCUAAGCAUCAUCUCCUAACUCCUGCUUUGUGUCUCCCUCGAUCCACCGUUAUCUCACGUUUUAAUUUAAGCCAUUUUGAGAGAACUAUGCGUAAACCAAUCGUCUGCCGUCCCUGCGGCUCCCGCCCCCGAGCCCCUGAGGCCACGUUCCCGGAGCGCGCACCGCACCGUGGGAUGCCGUGUUCCCGAGCGUGGCGGGCGAGACGCUUUGCUGCUUCUGUCUGUCGUUAACGUGCCCCAGCCGUGCAGGCGGCUCCCUGCCGCGGCCAGUGUUGGACAGAACCUAAAUUCUUUAUUUUUGGUAAGAUGUUAUGCUUUAUGUGUAUUGACAGAAAUGUGUGUUGGUUUGUUUGUUUUCAUUUUUUUUUUGUAAAGGUGAAGUUUGUAUUUUUAUCUAAUAUGACAGUUUUAUAUACCUAAGAGCCUGCUAUUUUUUUUUUUGAUCCAAAAUUAAAAAAAAAAAAAAAAAUCCCAGCAACAACACCCGUGCACAUGGAAAAGCAUUUCGUGGUCACGUUUUUCUAGUACUGAGUGUGCACUCCUGUUCCCUGGUCACACGGUGCAGCGUCGAGUGGAGACUAGGAGACCAGAGCGUUCCGGGCUGGUGCCCCCCCCCGGACCCCCCACAGUGAGCACCCCCAGAACGCAGGGCCUGCCCUCGGACUCCAGAAGCUAUGGGAAUAGGCCGGACAGCGCCAUCCUGCAGGUGGUCCGCCGCGUCAGAGCAGCCAAAGGGAUGGCUGAAAAUACUACCCAAGAAGUGAGCCGACCUGUGUCCACUCCUGAGGCCCUGCUGGCCUGGCCUGGCAGCUGCCCCUGCCCACCACCUCGCGGCUGAAACGACAUCGAGAUCCCUUGGAUCUUGGCCCCUGUUGCGGCGGGACUGUGUGCAGAACAGCGGCUGUCGCAUGUGUGCUGGUGGAAGAUUUUUGCAAAGGACUGUCUUCAACUGGUGCAGUUUUCAGGCUUCGGUCAGUUGGACGCUUUUCAAGUGGGCGGAGGGUGGCCCGCAGGGUGGGGGGACCAGGCAGCCGUGCCCCGGCUCCCUCGCCACGGACCGGGAGGCUGCACCGGUGCCCAAGACGCCUGCCCCAGCUCCGCGCGCUGCUGCCGAGCGCCGCGCCAUUCAGUGCUGUGCCCGCGAAUGUACGUCUGACGUGAGGUGUGCGAACAUGUAAUUUAUGUAUUUAUGUUUCCGUGAGAUGCCGAUGAUACUGCUCAGAUUUUCUUUUUUUGCGCAAAGCCGUCUGGUGACUUGCUGUGUCCAUUAAAGCAAUGGAGCAGAAAA